AUGUACUCGCCGCUUGCCGAGGCGGCGGCAGCGCGCGUGGGGCGCGGCAGCAAAGUGACUGUCACCGGCGUCCUGCGGGAGAUCAUCGCGCAAUCACUGGGCGUCUUGGCCCCACGCGGCGCGUCCCAGCAGCAGGACAGCGCCUUUGACGGCGCCCCGUCGGCGGCACCGCCGCCGCCGCAGCAGCAGCAGGCCCCCUUCUACGGGCAGCAGGGCCAGCAGCAGCAGUGGGCGCAGCAGGAGCAGCAGCAGCAGCAGCAGCAGCAGCAGUGGGCGCAGCAGGCGGCGCCGGGGCCGACGCCCCCGCAGGCGCCGGCUAGCGAAGUGGAGGCCCAUUGGCUGUCGGUCUUGAACGAGCCAAACAAGUGGUGGGAUAACCGCACGAACAAGCGCAACCCCAAGGCCCCCGACUACAAGAGCAAGGAUGGGGACAUUGCCCUGUGGAUCGACAGCCGCGCAACCCCCGAGUGGGUGCUCUCGAACCUGCCGCCUACGCAGGGGUGA